AUGAAAUUUCCAAAAGUAAUAAUGUUGAGAAAUGGUAAUCUAUAUGAUGAGGAUUUUUGGGUAUGCCUCCUUUAAUUGAAAUUCAACGCUAUGAUUUGUUUGGCUGUAGAAUCAAGAAUGUUGUUAUAAAAAAAAAAUGAAAUAAAACCCAUAUCUCAAAAUUUUAAUAGCUCUAAUAGGUCAAAUAAUGAUAAAGAUAAUUAAGAAUUUAAACAACAAUAAUUUAUAUUGAUAUAAGUAAAUUUUUGCAUUAAAAUGGGGUUAUUUGCUUCCUAUUUUUCUAAUUGA